UGCGUGUUUUUCUCUGUUUAACUAUUAGACAGGGUGUAAACGCCUGGAUUUUACUAAAGUUGGCUUACAGUUGAGACAGCUUUGCUACUAGGCCUACUGUCGAGACCAGUGCUCACGCUAACAGGGUGCAGCCUUGGGGCGUCGCCAAGUGUGUUACAUUAGUUCUACACAAAACGUCAUCCUGCGUGCCAUUCUGAAAAAGAAGUCAGACAGGGCAACCUCAAAACAUGGCGUUGGUAGUCUACGUCCUGGUGUUUUUAGGGACUCUGCAAUCAAUUUUAGCAGGUGACGACUGUAAGACGUACUAUAAAGACGGCUUGUAUCAAUUUGAAGAAGAUUGCUAUGGUCGUGAAUUCUGCUGUGGUACCUGUAACAACCGGUACUGCUGUAAAAGCUCUAUCAGCAGAUUAAGUGAGUAUGAGCAAGAGCAGUGCCACAACAAUGACUACAGUGAUGGCAUCGAAUCAACGACCAUGGUCAUUUCUGGAGUCGUCGCGAGUGUCAUCAUCAUCACAUUGAUCAUCCUGUGCUGUGUCUGCCCCUGCUGCUGCAUAUAUAAAAUGUGCCGCAAGCCCAGACCGGUGGUGGCCACCACCACUCACACGACAGUGGUCACUACACAGUACCCGCAGAACCCCACCGCUACCCAGCAGUACCCAGGCGGCUACCAACCUGCGAACCCUCAGCUAGGCUACGGAACACCUGCACCAUACGGAGGUCAGCCAAUGGCCAGCGCACCUCAGCCGGGACCACCCAGCGCAGCGUUUGGGCCCCCUCCUCCCUAUCAGGAAGUUGGAGGGACGGGAUACCCCCCCAUCAACUACAGUGGCGCAGCCUUCACGCCGGGCCAGCAGUCCUAUCCAAUGCAGCCUCCGGUGCAUGCUGGGUACCAGAACCAGCCAGCGUCACAGGCCACAGCACCCACUGCCCCAGCUGACUUCCUGGCCCAACCUGCCUACAACCCCAAUUAUGCUGCCCCACCACCUCCCAAGUACUGAACAUCACCAUCACCUUACGCCUGAAACCAAACGUGACAGACAUGGAUGCAGCCCUGAAACAUCACUCCACUCCAAAACGCCCCUGCCCUGCUCUGCACUGUCCACGACCAGUUUUGUCACUCUUUUUUCUCCAGAAUUCUAGAAAAGUAUCUAUAGAUAGAAUUGAAGUAGAAAAUGAGAAGAUAAAUAGAAAUCCUUAAUGCUGACCUUUUGAAGUAGGUCUUUCUGUGACUGGGAACAUUUUGCAGCCGGGCUGGCAGCUUUUAAGAAAGCACUCCACACUUUCUUAUCUCCUGUGUAAAUGACAUUUCAUUUUUGUUUUUAGUUUUUUCUUCUUCUUCUUAGCAGUGUAGAAAACGUUAAAAAGGGAAUCUUGUCAUUGUGUGACUAUAUUGUGAAAAUCAUUAAGACCAGAGCAGUUUUAGUAUUAUGCACUGUGUUUUUGCACGUCACUUUAUUUUAACUUUUAUAGAUGUCUAUAUAUAUUACAAAUGUUAGCCUACUAUUUCUUGCCUUUGGUUGUCAAUUUGAAAUAUGGGAAUAGGGUAUUUUUUUUGUGAAUUUUCGACUUUGUAAAACAAACAGCUUUGUUGGUUCUAUAUGUCCUAAGAACCAUCCUGCUUUUAAUUCUCAGGUGGUGUCAGGCCUGAAUAUCAGUCUGUUCAUGGACCUGACAGUGUUUUAUCUUCUUCUUUUUGCUUGUCUGUUUUUGAGGCAGAGUUCAAGAAUGUGCCUUCUUUCUGUCAUGCUGCAUGGCUGAGGUGUUGGAGGAGAGCUGGCCAGGCCUAACAGAAAGGACUGGCUCUUCUUUGAAGACAGCCUUUCUUUGUAAGCAGAUGCUUCAGAGUGCGGUUAAUUCUGAAUGUGGUGUAUUCCCCUCACUGCUAGCAGAUAAUUAAAACAUGGGAGCGAAUGUGGCCUAAAAAUGAUCAUAAGCCUUUUUAAAUGCUCAUAAUGGCAGCCACAGUAUGAAUGAGCGGUAUGCCUGGGGAUUCUGAAUGGCUUUCUGUGUCCAUGUGAUGUAGCUAAAAAAUAUUACCAUCAAGGCCUUGACAAAAAAAGCCAUUGAAUGUCAUCUUCUGUGUGUACCUUAACAGAGUUCAUAUUCAAUAAUGUUUGUGUGUGUGUGGAGUGCACAAUAGCUAGAUUUGGCAAUCAAAUGUCCUGGUCACAUCUGUAAUUAAGUUUUUUUUCUGCAUUAUUUUGGAAGGUUUGAUUUGAUAAAUAGUUAUGCUUUGUGGACAUGUAAAGUCCAUGUCUAGAAGGCUCAUACCGGUGCCAAAAACAGUUUGCGUCAUAAUUGUUUCAUAUAAUUUCCAACACAUUGAAAGUAACCUAGCAGAGUGCCUUUCUUUUACAUCCCAUUUAACUGGGACCACUGUUUUUUCUGUACUUUUUUAAUCUUUCUGUUGUGCCUGAUAUUGUUACAGAAACUUACGAAAACCCCGAAGUGCAUGUUCGAAUGAGCCAUCUCAUUUUCUAGCCUGGACACCUUUUGACAACGUCUGACAAUUUAUUCAUCUUUAAAGGUGACAUUACUUAGCAUCACAUUCUUUGUGAAGAAAAAGUUCUCACUGUACUAAACAGUGACACAAGAGUUAAUCUGUGGUUUUGUGUGUCUCUUUCCAAUGUAUUUGAUUUAUUUUUAACUUUUAAGGCUGAAGGGGGAAUAUUUCCUUUGUGCGGAGAAAAUGCCAAAUAUACAAUCUCUCGUUGGACUAUUGAGACAUGUUACUCUGUUUAUGUUCAUAUGUUUCACAAUUUAAGUUAUAGUUGGCAGAUGGCCUUAUUAACAUCAAUGUUACGUGGAAUUCUACUGACUGACUUUCCAGGAAGGGGUUGUUGACUGGUGUGUUGUCUCAAAAAUGUUAUGAAUCAUGAAACCAAAUGAAGAGCUCUUUUCCAAAAUGAGAUAUAUCCAUUUUAUAGAAUGUUGGGAGAUUGACAUUUUUGUAUGGGCAUUCCAUUGAAAUGCAUUGCAAAAUGCAUUUUUAAAGAGGUUUAAAAUUUUGUUUUCAAAACAUUUGAAUAGCAAGAAUUCACAUAUAGAUGAUAGGACUUCUUAACAGUCAAUUCCAAUAUUAAAAUGCAAAAAGUCAAAAGUGGUGGAUAUAGCGUUUUGGAAAGAGCUCUUCAAAUGACGUGAGGUGUCCUGUACAACCCUGUUUGGCAAUCUUGCUGUGUCAUUUUUGUCAUGUGCCACUUUAGCCUGGACCUUUGAAUAAAUGACAGUGACCCAUCA